AUGUUCAGACUCUUUACACGCUCCUCUCCGGUCCAGCGCCAGUUGGUUCAGAACGUGAAGUUUAGUACCUAUCCUCGAGCACAGUUUCGACAUUCAGAGUUACUCCGGGCUGGAAAUACCAAGAAAUCUCCGGGUGCUAUAUUAAAGGGACUGGGGAAAGGAAAAACCGGUAAAGAUGUUGCUAAAACCGAGUUUUUUGAUACAUCCUUAUCGCCUGAUGUUGCAAAGAGCAAACUGGGGAAAGGAAAAACCAGUAAAGAUGUUGCUAAAAUCGAGUUUUUUGAUACAUCCUUAUCGCCUGAUGUUGCAAAGAGCAAACUGGGGAAUGUAGCAAAGGCUAUCAAGUCUCACCAAGCUGCAGGGACCAACUUUUUUGAUAUGUCUCUGCCAAAGGGAAUCUCAGCUCCCGAAAAGGGGUCAAUACAGAGAGUUCAGCUGGAAUCCAGGAUCAUUAAGGAACUAAAAAGAAUAACAGAGGCCAAUCAGACUGGGGGUGCCGCGAAGGUCGGCUUUUUCGAUAAGUCCAUAUCGCAGGAGGUCGUAACGCCCAAACCCAAAGCCGAGAAAAAACUCAAAGCUCAGCAAAAACCCAAAGCUCAGCAAAAACCCAAAGCCGAGCAUGAACCUAAAGUAUCAAAGAAACUCGAGAAGAGUACCGAUAAGGAUGUUAAAAAAACAGAGCUUUUGGAUAUGUCUCUAUCGACCGAGACCGCCACAGCACCCAAGAAAUCCGGAAAGAAAAGCAAUAAAGACAAGCAAGCGUUACCGCGGGAAGCAGCAGAAGAGAGUGUAGGAAAGAAUAAGGAGCCUGUGGGUGUAAAGACCAAGAAAAAUAAAGCCUUCAGUGGGGACCGAACUUCGGGUCCAGGUGACCUAGCGAAAGUGAAUCUAGAGCCUCUGUUCAGUACUACACUGGAUAUUGGUACCCUAGAUUUUGGUACCCCAGAUCUAAGCGUAAUCUCUGCACAAACCUCCACGCCCGCAGAGGCCGCAGAGUCCGCAAUUAUCCCAAAGAAAAAGAAAAAGUCCAAAAAGGUCGGCCGCAUCCCCAACGACCACUUCCACAUCCGUCUCCGCCAAAUCCUUCUCUACUACUAUUCCCGCCUGCAAACCUCGACGCUCCCCGCCUCCCUCGAAGUCAAACAAUUCCUCACCACGACUCCCUUCUCCACCGCCUACCGCCUCAUAGCCGCCGCUGUCCUCCCCGCCACAAAAUGCCUCAUCAACACGGGCCAUAUUACCAACUACAGGAAACUCCAAAAGGAUUGCCUCGUCCCCAACCAAGGCUGUUAUAUGAACGUGGUCACGCAGCCCAACGGCUCUUUCGGCGUCUAUAUCGGUGGCGCCAGCAGCCUCUCCGGGAAAUGCCGACUUGUGAAGAGGGCGCUACGGGGCCGCCCCACUGACCCCCCAUUUGCGGAGACGCGGGCGUGCGGGGGUGCUGGCGUUGGACGGAGGGUAGCUCAACAUCUGGCGGAGAUUGAGAAGAAGAGUGUUGCAACAGCGCAUUACAGAUGUAUACAGGAGGAAGGGAGUCGAUAUGAUUUCAGACUGCUGGCGGCGUUCCAGGAGCCGGUGGAUACAGGGGCGGUGUGGGUGCUAGAGUCGUUUCUGGUGCUGGAGCUGGGGACGAUGCCGGCGAAAGGCGGGUCGGGACUAGUGAGGUAUAAGGGAUUGAAUAGGCGGGAUCCGUUGAUCACGUCGGUCACUCCUUCUUCGAAGGUGGUGCCGGGUGCGGUGGAGAAGACGGAGGUGGAACUAUCUGCAGAGCAGACCGCAAUAGAUGUUGCAAUUUUGAGCUCGUUGCCGGAGGGUGGGGAGGGAGCGAGGACCUGUGUAUAG